AGAAACAUCCAGUUGAAACCAGAUGAAAAAGCACUGCAACAGUACUCCCCAACAACUGCUGGGACCACUGAACUCAGAAACACGGCAAGAGAUCAUAUUUGAAAUAUGGCUCAAAGUGACUUCCUCUACCCAGAGAACCCAAAAAGGCGGCAAGAAGUAAAUCGUCUUCACCAGGAGCUCCUUGACUGCUUAUCUGACAGCUUCCAUGCCACCAAUAAGCUGAUUGGGGUUUUAAAUACGCACUUAGGGUGCAGGCUGGCCUCCAUUGAAAUGAAAAGAGAUGCGACCAUCAAAGAAAACUGUGAUAUCAUCAUCCAAGCCAUGAUGAAGAUCCAAAAAGAACUGCAAAAGGUUGAUGAAGCACUAAAAGAUAAACUAGAGCCAACCCUUUAUAGAAAACUUCAGGAUAUUAAGGAAAAAGAAACCGAGAAAAUUGCAAUAGUACAAAAGGUUAUUUCAGUCAUCCUGGGAGAAGCUACUUCUGCUGCCAGCGCAGUGGCUGUUAAACUCGUGGGCUCAAACAUCACAACUGGCAUAAUUAACAAGUUGGUCACUGUGUUAGCUCAAAUUGGUGCUUCUCUCCUUGGUAGCAUAGGAGUUGCUGUUCUUGGCCUUGGCAUAGAUAUGAUCUUCCGUGCCAUCCUGGGAGCAGUGGAGAAAACACAGCUUCAAGAAGCCAUCAAAAGUUAUGAGAAGCAUCUGGUGGAAUUCAAGUCAGCCUCACAAAAAUAUCAUCAUGCCAUUAUUGAGGUCACCAACACAGUGAAACACCAAAUGAAAUAAACAGUUACUUUAU